AUGAUGGCGAAGUGGCCAUUCGGCUCACUGGAUGGAUUAGCCCGCGAGGUAGGAUUGCAGGACGGCACCCAUCAAUCAACGACCAAUAACGACAUGCAGGAAGAAAGCGCCUGCUGCAGGUGCAAUAGGACGGUGGUGUCACAUUGCAUGCGAGUACUGGAUGAUGAACUUGCCCUCUCUCGGAACUCAUCGCCAGCUCCACAGCCAGCCACACAGCCAGCGGUUCCUGAUAAAGUCAUGGCUCCUGGUUGCUUGGCGGGUCUCAUGGAUGUACCCGUAACCGAAUGUGAGCCUUUGGAUGAAUGCAGAUGGCCAGACGGAGACCUGAGAUACUUGCUGCUGGACGGCACGAACAACUGCAAGUCUGAGGGCUUGGUAUAUGUUUUUUUUUUUUGGUAUUUGCAUCUCGCCAGGGACCUGGCAUCAAACUGGCCUAGAACAUGUAGCAACAUUGAUUAA